UUUGAAACAAAUACGCCGAGUUGUAACUGCAAAAUUGGUUAAAUAAUUCAUGUAAAGUAUGAUAAUUUAUUCUUUACAGACAGUUUAGUUAGACGUCAACGUCCAUCAUCUACUUCAUGAAAUAUAGUAAAUAGCUUAUUUAUUUUUACUAAAGCUUUCCAAAAGUCAGCUGUUAGUAAAUUUUCUUUUAACUAAAAAUUAAAAAAAAUGUGUAGUAUUAAAUGUUUCGCUAUAGUAGUCGCUGUAGAACUAACAACUUUUUUCAUGGGAGUUCUACUGCUAUGUCAAAAUGUGUAUAACAUAUUAGGGGCUGCACUAAUAACAUUUGCUUCUAUUUUUUUUCUAAGUAACUGCUUAUUUUGCAAAGAACUUAGAACGAAAGCAAUAAAAACGCAAAUUCAAAAUGACAUUAAUUUAGAGUCUUCAAGUAUUGACUUAAAUGGAGAGGCUGAAGUUUAUACAUCUCCAACUGUUGGUGAACUUACCCAAGAUCAAUAUACACAAAACUUUAUAUACAGUUAUAUACCAAGAGUGUGUUUUCAGGCAUAUUCACCUUCUUGUCCACCAUCCUACGAAAGUAUCCUUUUGACAGCUGAUGAACCGAGUCAAGGAUUAAUUAUUGAAUCUGAAGUACGGUGUUUACGUAUUCUACCGCCAUACGAAGAAGUAGCACAACGAAUUAACUCCAAUUCGUUGCCGUUGCAUGAAGAUACAUUGCCAUCAUGUGAAAAUACAUUGCCAUCAUAUGAAGAAACAACGAGAAUUGUUCCGCUAAACACUUCGACUGCAAUUCUCUGUUGAAAAAAUUUGAAUUUGAAAGAGCUGAAUGCUUUUUCUUAAUUAAAUAUAUUUACAAAUAUUUCCAUUAAUUCUACAUAUAAUAUAAACUAUGUUUUUGAUACAACAGACAAAAAAAUAUGAAGUAUAAAAUUAGUUAUAUAUUAAAUAUUGAAAAAUAGUAAUGAACCUUAUCUAAAUACUAAUCUUUACAAUAACUAUAUACUUCUCAAUAUAUAUUACCUAUAUACCUCUCAAUACAUACUACAUAGCUACACUAUAUAUCUGUAAUGAUUGACAUAUAGAUAGAUUGGAACGAAUAUAGCCAUUUACACAUUACAUACUAAAUAUCUUCUAAUCUGUCGCAUUAUGCGCCUACUAGAUAAUGCAUACAUUUGUUAAAAAAAACUGAUCAUUGCAAAGAUCAUGAUUUUUUCCAAUGUUUUACAUAAAUUUUAAAAAACUAAAUUAAUAUAUAUAUAUAUAUUUUUUUCUGUUUAAAAAAUCUGUUAUAAUAUUUUCUAUUUAAAU